UGAGCCAGGAGGUCUGGGGGGGGCCGGAGAUGAUUUAGGGCAGAAUUGGGGGAUUUUGGGUGAUGAAGCUGGAACAGAGCGAAGGGACUCGGUGCCGGUUUGGGGCAAAACUGAAAGGAUUUGGUGAAGAUUCUGGGGCAGAAUGAAGGCUUUUUGGUGCCGAUUUGGGGCAGAGCUGAAGGGGGACGUCGCCGCCGGGGGGGCACCAUGGAGACCUCGUGCGGUGGUGGUGGUGGUGGUGGUGGUGGUGGUGGCCUGGUCCACAUCGACUUCCCGGAGAUCACCAGCGCUUUGUUGGCCAACCUCAACCGGCAGCGGGUGGAGGGGAAGCUCUGUGACAUCUCCAUCCACGUCCAAGGCCGCGUCUUCCGCGCCCACCGCGCCGUCCUGGCCGCCUCCUCCCCCUACUUCCACGACCAGGUCCUGCUGAAGAACAUGACCUCCAUCGUCCUCCCCAACGUCAUGGACCCCGGCGCCUUCGAAACCGUCCUGGGCUCGGCCUACACCGGCCGCCUCUCCAUGGCCCCCGAGGAGAUCGUCAACUUCCUGACGGUGGGGAGCGUCCUCCAGAUGUGGCACAUCGUGGACAAGUGCACCGAGCUCCUCAAGGAAGGACGGGCCGCCCCCAUGGCCCCGGGACCUUCCUCUUCCUCCUCCACCACCUCCUCCUCCUCCUCCUCCUCCUUGCGUGCCCACUCCAGUCGCACCAGUGACAACCAGUCCCCCAGCAGCAGCAACUACUUCAGCCCCCGCGAGGCGGCCGAGGGGGCCGAGCCCCACAAGUACCCCCUGCCCCACCAGGGGGUCCUCCCCGAGGAGGAGGAGGAGGUGGGGAAGGGGGAGCUGCUGGAGGGGGAGGAGGAGGAAGGCAGCGAGGAUGGCGAUGGCGCCCGCCGACCCCUCUACGUCCAGCCCAGCAUCGUCCCCCAGAAGCAGUGGGUCUACGUCAAGCAGGAGUGGCUGCAGGAGGACCUGGUCCUCACCUGCGAGGAGGACGAGGACCCGGUGGAAGGACCCGCUCGGGGGAACGAAGGACCCCCUCCCCGCGGUGGCGGUGGUGGCCCCCCAACCACCACCACCACCACCACGACGAAGCUUGAGGAGCAGGUGAACUUCUGCGAGUCCUCCGAGGAUUUCCCCUCGGCCUACGAGGCCUUGGAAGAAGGUCCCGGUGGAGGUCCUCCCGGUGGGCCCGGCCCCUUCCCACCGCGUUCCCUCCUCCCCAUGGACAUGCAGGGCAACCAAAUCUUGGUGUUCCCCCCUCCGGCCCCCCCGGUGGAACACGGUGCCGUCCAGUUGGGGUCCGGCGGGGCCGAAGGCAACAAGAUCUUCAUGUGUCACUGCGGGAAGGCCUUCUCCCACAAGAGCAUGAGGGACCGGCACGUCAACAUGCACCUCAACCUGCGGCCCUUCGACUGCCCCGUCUGCGGCAAGAAGUUCAAGAUGAAGCACCACCUGACGGAGCACAUGAAGACCCACACGGGCCUCAAGCCCUACCAGUGCGGGGUCUGCGCCAAAAAGUUCAUGUGGCGCGACAGCUUCAUGCGCCACAAGGGCCACUGCGAGCGCCGGCACCGCCUGGCGGGGGUCCUGCCCCCCCCCCAUACCCCCCCCGUCGCCACCACCGCCGCCGUGGGGCUCCCCAAAAAGGAGCCCCCCCCCGUCAUGGCGGCAGGAGGAGGAGAAGGGGACUGGGGGACCCCCGGGGGGUCUCCGCGGGGGGAGCUGGGAUUCGCCGGGGGGAAG